AUAUAUAAACGAAUAGACGUUAGAAUCGUCACUUGUGUGAUCACCUCCGACCUGAUCUAACAUAUAUCAUAAACAUGCAGCUGUACAUCGUCGCCAUCGCCCUCUUCGGCAUCGCCAGCGCCGCUUAUUCCCCAUACCCAGAACAGUCCAACCGUCCCCAGGCUGCCUACGAGAAGAACGCACGUAUCUUAGCCUACGAUUCUGAUGUGAAGGAAGACUCUUACAGAUACAGUUAUGAGACCGAGAACGGUAUCAAGGCUGAGGAACAAGGACGUGAGGUCGAUGGAAUUGAAGCUCAAGGUAGCUUCCAAUUCACCGGUGAUGACGGUCGACUCUAUACUGUAAGCUACACUGCUGGUCAAGCUGGUGUCCUAGCCCUGGGUGAUCACAUACCUACUCCUCCCCCUACACCCGAAGCCAUCUUGAAAGCUCUUGAACAAAACGCUCGCGAUGAAGCCGCUGGUAUCAUUGAUGACGGUCAAUACAACCCCGCCAAAUAUGGUGGUGCUGCUUCCGCCGGUGCUUUCGUUCCUCAGCAGAAUUAUGCGCGUGCUCAGGCCUCAGCCUCAACCGGUUUCCGCAAACCCUACAAGUACUAAAUUCAAACGAGACCUCCUAUAAGCCUAGUUUACAUUUAGAUAUCUAGAAAAAUGAAUUAUUAAUACUUUAAAUACUUGCUCUAAAAGGGCUAAAAUUAAGAGGCUAAUUGAUUCAACUGUAAGCUCUACACUCUAAGUCUUCUUUCAUUAAAACAAAGGUUUACGGAAUAUUUUUCAAUAUGACAAUCUCUAGAAGAUAUUCUUUGAACUCUUUGCUUUUAUUCCACUGUUUAAUUGUGAUAAAAUAUGUAGUUUAAUUAUUCAUAUAAUUUCUUUUAUAAUUCUUUUUCGUAAGUGGACGUUAAUUGGGGCACAAGAUACGCUCAAUAUUAAGGCCGGCUCAGGAUCGACAUCAGAUCGUAUCCUUUAUGGCUACCUAAGUGUAAACGAGGCAUUAGAUAACAACAUUAGCUUACGAUCAAUAAAAAAUAAUGUGAUAAUAAUCUGUACUUCUGUAGUUAUAAUCCAGACGAUGGAAAAUUAGUUUUU